AUGGCCUUUUUAAGCGACAAAAUUACAGACAUUGGACUUCCGGCAGAAUUGGCUUUAUUUACCGUUCCACCCAAUCAAGUAGCGGUGGAUAAAAUUUAUUUCAGUGAAUGCAGACCUGUAAGUUCCUUCGAUACGGAGGACGCUCCGAUCGAGAUAUCGGUGCCUGGCCAGGGUAACGAGUACAUAGACUUAAGAAGCCUCCUGUACGUAAAAUGUAAGAUUGUUAAAACCGACGGUGCAGCCUUGGCAUCACAGGAAAAAACGGGGAUCAUUAAUUUGCCACUGCAAACCAUGUGGUCUCAGAUAGACACUUAUAUGAACGGAAAGCUUGUGUCCCUCAAUACUAGCUACUAUGCUUGGAAAGCCUACCUAAAACUUCUCCUUUCGAGUGGCAGUGAUGUCUCUCAAUCCCAGUUACAGUCCCAACUGUACUAUCCAGACGACGACGACAUGGACAAUCCGGACGCAUACGGAGGCAACAACGGGGGCCUUAACAAUCGCUAUGCAUUUACUCAAAACAGCCAAAUAUUUGACAUGGAAGGUCCACUGUAUGAGGAUAUAUUCAGAACUGAUAAAUACUUGAUCAAUGGGGUAGAUUUACACUUGAAACUGUUUAGAAACCCCGCUGCCUUUGUCUUGAUGAGCAAAGAAGCCUCCCCUAGCUACAAGUUGCAGUUACUAGACGUGUCCUUUAAAGCAUGCAUGAUUAAGGUGGACAGUGGAAUUUUGAUCAACCAUGCUGAAAUCUUGAAAGAGAAGACGGCCAAAUACCCCCUGACUAGAACCGAAGUAAAAAUGAGCACCUGUCCUAAAGGUUCUGGAUCGUUUAUUUGGCAGAACGUUUGGUCCAACACCUUACCAGCCAAAGCUGCAUUCUGUUUCAUUUCUCAGAAAGCCGUUAAUGGAAAUUAUGAGAAGAACCCAUUCAACUUUCAGAACUUGGCAGAAGAAAUUGCACUUUACGUAAACGGGGAAAGCAUGCCAGCCCGACCCAUGAAAAUUGACGUAGGGACCAAUCAAAAUUACGUGACACUUUUUGUCAAUUUAUUUGAAGCGGCUGAGAAAUGGAACAAAGAUGCCGGCUUGGAAGUCACAAGAAGCCAGUUUGGCAAAGGAUAUGCCAUAUAUGCCUUUAAUUUGGCACCAAGUGACCUGGGUGAAGAGUAUUUAAACCUGGUGAGACAAGGAAACGUUAGACUCGAAGUCAAAUUUGCUGCCGAUACAACGGAAACCUUGAACUGUCUGGCUUACGCAGAAUUUCCGGCCCUUUUGGAAGUUGACCAAUCACGGGACAUCAAAUACACUAAAGUAUGA